AUGGACGCCAGCGCCCUCCUCACCAGCCAAGGCUGGAGAGGCAAGGGUCAUUCCCUCCACAAAACCGACAACUCCAUCGGCCUCGCGAAGCCCCUCCUCCUCAACCGCAAAGACAACCGCAAGGGCAUCGGAACCACAUCACACUUCACCAGCGACCAGUGGUGGUUGAACGCCUUUGACGAACAACUCAAGGGCCUCGAGACGUCCAAAGAAGGCCAAGUCACACAGACUGUGAAGACGGGCAAACUAAACGCCAUUGAGAAGGGCUCCCUGGGCAAAUAUUCUCUGUAUACAUCGUUUGUCCGCGGGGGGUUUCUAGAGGCGACCUUGCCCACGAGCGAGAGCUCAAGUGAGGAUGAGAGUGGCGGCACCCCUGAGACAAGUGAGCCUGAGGCCAAGACGGAUAAGAGGGCCCGAAAGGAAGAGAAGAGGCGGUUAAAGGAGGAAAAGGCGGCUAGGAGGAAAGAGAAGGAGGAGAAGAGACUGAAGAAGGAGGCCAAACGGCAGAAGGAAGAGGAUCCGCUUGCAGAAGCCAGGGGAGAGCGUGCAGCGAGGAAGGAGGAGAAGAGGAGGCUGAAGGAGGACAAGGCACACCAAAAGGCCGAGAGACGGCGGACGAAAGAGGAGCGGAGGGCUAGGAAAGAAGCAAAGAGGAGGGAGCACAGUCAAGUGCAGGUUGCUUGUUGUUGA